GCUCGCGCCCCGCCGGGGAACCAGAUGAGGCACAUCUGGACAGCUGCGCCGAGGAACUGUGCGGCCCCUUCGCGGGCCCGACGUCAGCUGAGCACGUCCCCCACGUCCUCUCCUUUCAACCACUUAUUUAUUCACUUUCCCAAAGAAGCAACCAGGAAUCCAAGUUUAAAACUUUUUUCGCCCUAAUGAGAGACGGGGCCAGAUCCCAUCCAACACACAGUUUAACUUUCAUGGGGCUCUGGGAUCAAAAGGACAGAAACAGCAACAGCAAAAGCCCAGCCGCUGUCUGAUUUAAAACUGGCAAAGUGGGAAAAAUAGUGUUGAGUAAGACCGAGUUGGUCAUGGGGAAUUUCAAAGGCCAUGCUCUCCCUGGAACCUUCUUCUUUAUCUUGGGGAUUUGGUGGACAACAAAGUGCAUUCUGAAAUAUGCCUUCAAAAAGCACAAGCAGACUUCCUACCUCGAUUCCAAAGUAUUAUUCCAUCGAGUAGAAAUUUUGGAGGGAAUCAUAAUAGCUGGAAUGGCUUUAACUGGCAUGCUUGGAGAACAGUUUAUUCCUGGAGGACCACACCUGACCUUAUAUGACUACAAAGAGGGCCAGUGGGUCCAACUCCUGGGCUGGCAUCAUUUUACCAUGUACUUCUUCUUUGGGCUGCUGGGUGUGACAAACAUCUUAUGUUCCACCAUCAGGUCACUUCCUGCCUCCUUUACCAAGUUAAUGUUAGCAAAUGCCUUAUUUGUGGAGGGUUUUGUCUUCUACAAUCACACUCAUGGUCGGGAAAUGCUGGACAUCUUUGUGCACAAGCUUCUGGUCUUGGUCAUCUUUUUGACAGGCCUGAUUGCCUUCUUGGAGCUCUUCAUACUGACCAAUAUAACUGUGGAGCUUCUGCGGAUAAGCUUUUUCCUACUUCAGGGAAGCUGGUUCUGGCAGAUUGGGUUUGUCCUUUAUCCCCCCAGUGGAGGUCCUGCAUGGGAUUUAGUGGAUCAUGACAACGUUAUGUUUCUCACCAUAUGCUUUUGUUGGCAUUAUGCAAUAGCCAUUAUCAUCAUUGGAGCAAUUUAUGCCUUUGUCACCUGCACAAUGUCUUCACAAAUAUCAUGCACAGGAAAAGCUUUGCCUAGUUCUUAUCACAUCAGAGAAAAUGGAGAGCCUGCUGAGUUCCUGCCACUAAGAAGCUUCACAUCUUCCCAUGUCAAAAAUUGUAAUUCCUUCUGACCUACAGAUUCUCUUAAUCUAUGAAAACAGUUACAAGAAUGGAGGUCACUUCUUUCAACUUCUUAAUUCAUCAUGGACCAUCACAUGCAGUUGAGCAGCCUGUGGCCAGCACAAAAGCACCCCUCUGAAGACAUGAAUAGAGGCUGCAGUACAGCCCAGACUUGACGUGGGGCUCAACAUGGGGCAGGAGAUGCCUUCAUGCACUUCCUUCAUAGGAGAGGGCUGCUUUAUGGACCACACAGCUGAGCUCGGUUUCAUCUGGGCUUACUACAGCCCAGAGAUUCUCUUGUUUGAAUAUGAAUGCAAACAAUUUUUGAAUUUUGAAUAUGAUGCAAACAAUCAUAUUACACAUUUAAGAGCUUUAUUGUAUCUGUUUGCUUAUAUGCUGCUUUAAUCUACAAAAUAUUUGCAGGUAGCUCCAAAGCCAAAUAAAAGUGAUUUUCUUUCUGGGGGUGCCUCUUCCAUCUGCGCAGAUAAUUUGGAGUUUGCUGUAUUAUAGUUACAUAUAGUUUUGGGUUUUAAUUUUAAACAGCAUAAUACGAGAUGACUUUCAUUCU